AUGCGUGAAGAAACACGUUCAUACAUAUCGCAAUUAACUACGCACCUCGAACACCAAUUUACAUCUAUAGUCGAUUCUCAUUUACAAACCUUGCAGCAAGAGAUUUCCAUCACGAAUAUUGACAUUAUAAAAUAUCAAUUAAAUAUGUUAAAGAGAUUACCCCAUAUAACUCCAUGUAUAGCCGGCACAGAUCUACCGCAAGAUCAAUAUAAUGCCAUUACAGUAUUGUCAAACAUGAUGGGAUCAAGAAAUAACCAAUGGCCUUAUUACUUUUUGACAGGCUCUGCAGGCACUGGAAAAUCUUUUAUUAUACAACAUUUUCGCACUCAUUUACAACAAACUAAUAAAAAAUAUUUAAUGUUGGCACCUACUGGUGUAGCGGCACAAAACGUCGAUGGCAUGACUAUUCACUCUGCUUUAAAAAUCUCAUCAACAACUACAAAUUCCCGAUCAUCAUAUCAAACUCUAAUAUUUAACGAUGCAUCAUUACUGAAUGAGAUGCGACGUAUUGAAACGAUUAUCAUAGAUGAAGUGUCUAUGGUUUCUUCAAGUCUGUUUACAUUUAUAUCCGAUACGUUUGCUAGAAUUCACAAUAACCAUAAACCAUUUGGUGGUAUCAAUGUAUUAGUGGCGGGUGAUCUAUGUCAGUUACCCCCUGUUCAAGGAACAGCCGUCUUUCAUUCUCCCGUAUGGCAGUUAUUUUACCCUCUCUUUUUACGCAAGUCUCAACGGCAACUUAAUGAUAACCAGUAUUUUAACUUACUAGAAGAAGUGCGG